AGGCGAUCGGCGCGGCUGUCUGCUAAACCUGCUCCUGCCAAAGCAGAGCCAAAACCAAAAAAGUCAGCGGCAAAGGAUAAAUCUGAGGACAAGAAAGCUCAAUCAAAAGGCAAAAAAGGGCCUAAAGGAAAACUGACAGAAGAGACAAACCAAGAGCAGACAAAGGACAACUUGCCUGCAGAAAAUGGGGAAGCUAAAAGUGAGGAGACCCCAGCAUCUGAUGCAGCAGUAGAGAAAGAAGCAAAGUCUGAGUAACAUCUGGUACCAAGACUUUAAUUAGUGGUCCUUAUACCUUUCUUCUUGUACAAUUCAGAGGAAUAUUUUUAUCAAGUAUUUUGUAAAUGCAAGUUUUUUAGUAGUUCUAGAAAACACAUUUUUAAAAAGGAGAGAACCCCGAUUCAACCCAUUUUUUUACAGAUUUAGAUAAGUAUAAAUGCUUUUUUUAAGUGGUAAAAACAUGUACUGGUUGUCUGUUUUCUAUGAAACCAGAAAUUAAUGGCAUGGUACAUUAAAGAGAGGGUUUUGAAGUCUUGAUGAGGCUUUGCGUUCCACUGUGAGGGACAGUUUUUCUAUCGUAUUAAAUCAAGCAUAACACAGGUCAGACUUUGGAAUUCAUAAUGAUAUGUUGAGAAUGUCUUAACAUUUUAGUUAUUUAUCUUUAUCUGUGGUUGUACCAUGAGUACCCAUGCUUAUCUAAUAAAACUGCUCCCUAGUGUUAGAUUUCUUGCUGAGUGAUGCAUAUCUGUGACAAAGUUAUUUUGGGUAGUUGCGGCUUUAUUUUUUCCAACAACUUUGUAGCUGUGAUGGGAAAGAUGGGAAACUUUUAUUAUAUCUUUAAGUACUGAUGUAAGUUAAAGUUUCUGCUUGGCAAAGUAACUUGUUAUGACAGUAUUCAAGAUACUGGAACUUAACAUUCAGUUUUAAAGGACAGCUUGUCUACAAAGAUCAAAAUAAAAAUAUUUGAAAUAGUCUUAGGAAAAAAAGAGAAUUACAAUUUUUAGAUUUAAAAAAACUAUGUGAAUAAAAACAGUUGUAAAAUCGUUCAUAGUGUCUAUGAUGACAGAACAAAAGCCAAAUAAAUCUUGAUUAUGAAAGGA